CAGCAAAGCGAACACCACUCCUUGAUAUCAAUCUGAAAUGGAUAGCUACAACCACAAGAAGUUCACUGGCGCCCUGAAGCGAAAGCGCAGCAUGGAUGCGGACUCCGAUGACGAUGUGGUCUUCAUCAUGGAGCAGCCGGGCCAGCGCACUCCAGAGCAGCCACAGCCCAAGCGACGCUUCUUCCGACCCUGGACGGAUGAGUCCCCGGAAAAGGAGCAGCCACAGCCGCCCCGUAAGAUUGUGGCUGCAUCGACACCGCCGCCACCGCAAGUGGAUGCCACCUACCACGCCAACAUGGUGCGCAACCACCACAAGUGCCGCCAGCGCAGUCCGCAGGAGCAACUGCGUCGGGAUCGCAACACCUUGGCCAGCCUGCGGCACCGCCGCUCCCAGCAGCAGCAGCAGCAGCUCAUCGAACAGCAGUACCUCACCAGUCGCAUCCAGCACGAGGCCAAUCUGCAGCAGCAGAUCCGCCUGAGCCUCUACUACGUCCGCUUCCUGCAGCAGGCGAUGGCCUCCACGGAGCCACUGCCUCCCACGCAGCCGAGACACCUGAUGCCCCGCCAACAGACCACCACCCAGCAUCCUUGAGGGGUGGACAGGGAGCUCCGACUUGGCGCUGCUCCAAGCGCUCUAACUUAUUGUAAAAAGCUGUAUAGC